AUGGGGUGUUGCGCAUCUUCGACCGCAUCGGAAGUCCCAGUUCCAAAACCUCGUCGCCGAUUGAGCGUGGGCCAGGUUGAUGAGAGCGAGCUUCCGGGUCAUGAGGACUCCCAGGCAGAGCAAGAUCGUGGCCUGAUUGCCGCAUUCAGCAAGAACAACCUCAUCGAGAUGGUGUCGGAGACCGACCAAACUCCCAAGGCGAAGAGCGGACGGCGGGUUUCCCUCAGCUCGAAAACGGACAAGGGAACCACCUCCUUCGCCAACAAGACGAUGCAGAAGUUCGGAGACACCGAUGUGGACAUCGCGCAGUGCGGAAUCGGCUACACGUGCCGCAAGGGGUUGAAGCCGGAGAGUCCAAACCAGGAUUCCUGGUUUGUGCUCAAGAUGGAAAAUUUCUCGCUCUACGGCGUUUUUGAUGGUCAUGGACAGAAGGGGCAUGAUGUCUCAAACUUCGCGAUGGACAUGUUGCCGAAGUGCAUCAUCAAGGAUGAGCGAGUGUACUCGACGGAGAAGCGGGACUGGGGACCCAUCCUCGCCGAUGCGUUCAAGAAGACGCAGAAUUUCAUUACGCAGUCAGACAAGAUGAAGACCCUGCAGGCUCAAAUGUCGGGAACCACCGCGACGGUGGCCAUCCACGAUCAUUCAGACAAUUCAGUCACCAUCGGCCACGUCGCGGACUCCACCGCGGCCCUAGGAACCAAGAACGUGAAUGCUUGGAGCGGUGUGGCUCUCACAAGAGACCACAAGCCGAACUUGAAGGACGAGAAGGCGCGCAUUGAGAAGGCAGGUGGACGCGUGGUGUUUGACGGGUACGCGAACUACCGCGUCUACGCCAAAAAUGCGCGCUAUCCAGGUCUGAACAUGUCUCGUUGCCUUGGUGACCUGCUCGGACAUGCAGAAUGUGGCAUGUCAUGCGAGCCAGAGGUCAACAAGAUCGCCUUCGAAAAGGGCAAGCAGUACAUCCUCCUCGUCUGCUCCGACGGUGUUUGGGAGUUCAUCUCUGCGCAAGAAGCAGUGGACAUUGUCAGCAAGUAUGACGCUAACGAGGCCACGGCUGCAGCGGAUGACCUUGCCAAGGAAGCCUGGGAUCGAUGGAUCAAGGAGGAGGGCGGCAGCGUGGUUGAUGACAUCACCGUGGUCCUCCUCUAUGUGGGCUUCCCUCCAGUGAAGCAAGCGUGA